UUCAGCAGUACAACUGCAAAUCCGUUUACGGCAUAUGAGAGAUAGCAGCAAACCAUAUAAGUGUAUCCAGAAAGGGUUCCGUCUACAGUUCAGUAGAUUGUUAACAGCUAGGAACGUCUUAUAUUUCCCGCUAUGUGUAGUUCCAUUAAGUUUUAUUGUUUCCCCUCGGUAUUUCUUAUACAAUUCACGGCACUGCUGUUUUUUGGAGUUUUUGAGAAAGUGGAUUCCAGGAAAACUUCAGAACUCCAUCUGCAGUCUAACUAUUCUUCGGAAGCUUACGAAGCAAGAACCGAUAUCCACCAGCUGCGAGCAUGUUUGUUUAUUGAACGCGAUUUAGCCGGUCACACUUAUUACGGAUACGAAAAGGCCGCCGCUGCCAUGGAUUUCGCGCUCGAAUAUGCUAAUGAACUGAUUAUGCCACAAAAAGUUAAACUCUCAAUGCAGCACAUCGACAUUGGAACCGAAUGCAGGGAAAGAAAUCAUCUGGCUGCAAUGAUGUUGAACAUGAUUGAUACCGGCUAUAUAUGUGACGUCAUCAUUGGACCAGGAUGUGGAUACGGAGCAGAAAGCUUAUACGACGUUACGGACUUCUACAAAAUACCGAUGAUUGGCUGCCCGGCAGCAAGUGUGGGGACACAAGGUCCGAUCGAAGAGUAUGCGUAUAUCACACGAAUAUCAUUUACACAUAUAAACACCGCGCACAUACUGCUCCGUUUUUUCCGCGAGCAUAACUACACAUCCAUCAUGUUCCUGCAAGAUCAGACUGUAAUGAUGUUUAAGCACCUCAGCAUCGUUAUUCGCACGGUUUUUGCCAAUGAAGAAUUUGAUAUCUACACGCGAUCUGACUGGAAACAAAUUAAUAAUAGCGACUGGAGUGAUGCCAGAGUUCAGGAGUACUUGAAAAGUGCGGCUCCCAGAUCCAGAGUAUUCGUUUUCAUCACACACUCCAAGGUCGUCCGACGUUUUCUAAUUAUGGCCCAAAAACUGGGACUAACCAGCGGAGAUUAUUUAUUCAUCGCGGUGGAACUCUGGCAAAAUGUUUAUUGGGGAGAUUAUUCAAACUACAAUGGAACUGAUCAUGAUGGAAACAACGCAAUAGCUAGGAAAGCCUACCGAACCCUGCUCCUUAUCACGCUGCACAACCGUAACGACCGAGAGUAUGCAAAUUUUGCGCGGAGAGUUAAAGAAGAAUCUGCUAAGAAAGGGUAUUACAAUUAUUCGGAGCAUGAAGAAGUUGAUGUGUUAGUCAGCCAUUUUUACGAUUCCAUAAUAUAUUAUGCCUCGUUGGUAGCCAAUCUUGUCAACGCAGGGAAAGAUUACACAAAUGCCGAUCAAAUGUUCAAUCUUAUUCUUCACAACUAUAGUUUUGUCAGUCCUAUUAAUGGUCACGUGUUUUUGGACGACAAUGGAGACCGCACAAGUGAAUAUGUAAUAAGAAAUUUCGACUACGACCAAGGAAAGUUUGAGGAUCUAUGGCACUACCCAGCCGGUAAUGCGGUUCCCAGCAACCAGUUGGGAAUCCUAAACUGGCCGAAAGGACGAACACUGCCGCCUAAUCGUCCGCGAUGCGGAUAUCUGGGAGAGGAUCCAAAAUGCGCGGCUGAAAAAAUAACACCCGGACAAAUUGCCGCCGCCGUCGUUGUGCCACUAAUUGUGCUGACGGCUUGUGUAAUCAUCGCGACUAUACUUCUCCAAAGGAUCUAUGCGAGCACCAUCGACCCUUUCUGGUGGAGAAUAUUUGUAUCAGAACUGAGUUUUACCACCGCAACAAGCCGAACACAAACUAGCGCUUCCGUAUUUCAAUCGACAGUCAGCAAAAGCAAGUUGUCCGGCCUGAAUGACAGUAAGGGCGAGGACGGGAAGCCGGGACGACGUGGCCCCGAUCCACUCGCAUAUCGCCAAGAGGCCAUUUUCGGUGGAAAUACCGUGGAACUGCGACAACUAGAGAAGCCAUUAUUAAAAGGCAGUCCCGGACUUCGCCCAUAUUUCGACGCGAUCAAACGCCUCGAUCAUCGAAAUCUUCAAAAAUUUAUUGCAAUUGCCGUCAAUGAUGAACAGCUUUGUGAAUAUUUUGUGGGCGAAACGUGCUCAAAAGGGAGCCUUAACCAGCUGCUGGAUAAUGCUAAAUUCAAUCUGGACUGGAAUUUCAAAAACUCCUUGAUCAAAGACAUGGCCAGCGGAAUGACGUAUCUCCAUGCCAGCGCUAUCCAAUCACAUGGAAAUCUCAAUGCUCACACCUGUCGAAUUGAUAGUAGUUUCGUCUUGAAAAUCGCAGACUAUGGAAUGGGGAUAAUGCGCAAUGCGGAAGACUUACGUCCGGUAUCGGAAGUGGAUCUGGAGAGAGAUUUCGAUAUGUUAUUAUGGCGUGCACCAGAAUUACUGCGUGUGCGGAUGCCACCUGAAGGCACCCAGAAAGGAGACGUUUACAGUUUCGCAAUCGUACUGCAACAAGUCAUUCUCCGAAGCCCGCCGUACCGCAAUAAUAACAUUCCAAAAACAGGAGGCGACGACUUUUCUUCGCGAGAUAUUAUUAUGGAGGUGAAGCGAGGUUCGAACCCACCACUGCGGCCACGCGUACCAAAUUCUUCAUGUCCAACUGCUCUACUGGACAUUCUCGAACGAUGCUGGGACGAGAUGCCAUCUGUUCGACCAACUUUUCAACGCCUUCGUGAGAAUUUCGCACAACUGUUCGGCCAUUCCGGUGACAGCAUUGUUGAACACUUAAUUCAUAUGAUGGAAAAAGAGGCAGCCAGUUUAGAACAAGAGGCGGAAGAGAAAAUGCAUCUGAUGCUGGAAGAAAAGCGACGUUCAGAUGAAAUUCUCAGCCAAAUUUUACCAAAAACUAUUGCCCAAGCCCUCACUCAAGGAAAACAAAUCCUUCCAGAAACAUAUGCCAGCACAACUGUACAUUUUAGCGAUAUUGAAGGAUUUCCUGAAUUAAUCUUACAAGCCGAAACACCGGCGGAUACUGUGUACAUCUUGAACACUCUUUACGCUACAUGCGAUGCAGUUAUUGAGAAGUUUGACGUUUACAAAGUGGAAACUGUCAAAGAUGCCUAUUUGGUCGUAAGCGGAUUACCAGUUCGCAAUGGGAUCAAACAUGCUGGUGAAAUCGCUACCAUGGCUCUCUAUCUGAAGCGAGAUAUCGGCUUUCUAACAUUUCGAAAUAGCACAGCCUCCACACCCAAACUUCGCCUACGCGUGGGACUGCACUCUGGGUCGUGUGUGGCUGCCAUUAUCGGAACCAAAAUGCCAAGAUAUUGUUUAUUCGGCGAUACGGUCAACACUUCCAGCAGAAUGGAAUCACAUGGCGAACCUGGAAAAAUUCAAUGCAGCGAAAACACUAAAGAACUCUUGGAUAAGAUUGGAGGUUUCGUUGUACUGCCGCGCGGAGAAAUAAAUGUCAAGGGCAAAGGACCCAUGAAUACGUAUUGGGUAAUCGCCAAAGACUGAAGAAAUCGGGUUACAGGGAUUAUGCAAGAGUCGUUGGCUGUCAUAAGAAAAUAUCGUUCAGGAAGAGAACGUACUUCGUACCCUUUUAUGUUACACAGCUACCUGUUAACUGGAUUUUUUUUUCAAAAAAAAAAAUAAAGUACUAAAUUAUUACGAGAAAAAAUUAAAUCUAUCCUUAAAUUCAAAUUUUAAAGUAUUGAUCUUUUAAUUUUUUACCUGAUUAAUACUUGCGUGGAAAACGCUGUCUAUAUUUGUCAGCUGCAUGUAUCGCCGGCACGGUGCCGUUUAUAAUCGGAGUAUCCACAAACUCCAUGAUGCAGGUAUUCGCUUGGGAGCAUGGAGCUGUUUCCAUUUCAAAAAUUUCCAAAACAUUCGGCUUCUUUUCUUGAAGAAAGACGCCGGGGACAUAAAGCGUAACCUAAUCGAUCCACAAAAAUUUUAUGCAUCAUCAUUGUGCUUUUUAUUUUCGUUAUCUUUCUGCCGAUGCAUAGUUAAAAAAGUACAAGUAUCAACUAAAUAUUUUUCAACGCUUACCCGGCACCGUAAAAUAAAUAACCCACCAAUAUGGCUUUGCAACAACAAUAAAUGCAUUGGGCACGCAAAACUCGCUAGUAAACGGACGUUUUUCACAUGUCAUCAGCAGAGACUUUCGACAACAAUUUAAUACCUGCGGUCCUUGUCCGGGCCA